AUGCCCAGCCCGACCGGACUCCGGGCGCUGUGGCUUUGCGCCGCGCUGUGCGCCUCCGCGCGCGCCGGCGGCGCCCCCCAGCCCGGCCCGGCGCCCGCCGCCUGCCCGGCUCCCUGCCACUGCCAGGAGGACGGCAUCAUGCUGUCUGCCGACUGCUCUGAGCUCGGGCUCUCCGCCGUGCCCGGGGAUCUGGACCCCCUGACGGCUUACCUAGACCUGAGCAUGAACAACCUCACGGAGCUGCAGCCUGGCCUCUUCCACCACCUGCGCUUCCUGGAGGAGCUGCGGCUCUCAGGGAACCAUCUCUCACACAUCCCAGGACAAGCAUUCUCUGGCCUCUACAGCCUGAAAAUCCUGAUGCUGCAGAACAACCAGCUGGGAGGAAUCCCCGCAGAGGCGCUGUGGGAGCUGCGGAGCCUGCAGUCUCUGCGCCUAGAUGCCAACCUCAUCUCCCUGGUCCCGGAAAGGAGCUUUGAAGGGCUGUCCUCCCUCCGCCACCUGUGGCUGGACGACAAUGCACUCACCGAGAUCCCUGUCAGGGCCCUCAACAACCUCCCUGCCCUACAGGCCAUGACCCUGGCCCUCAACCGCAUCAGCCACAUCCCUGACUACGCCUUCCAGAACCUCACCAGCCUUGUGGUGCUGCAUCUUCAUAACAACCGCAUCCAGCAUCUGGGGACCCACAGCUUCGAGGGGCUGCGCAAUCUGGAGACGCUAGACCUGAAUUAUAAUGAGCUCCAGGAGUUUCCUGUCGCCAUCCGGACCCUGGGCAGACUGCAGGAACUGGGGUUCCAUAACAACAACAUCAAGGCCAUCCCAGAAAAGGCCUUCAUGGGGAACCCUGUGCUGCAGACCAUACACUUUUAUGAUAACCCAAUCCAGUUUGUGGGAAGGUCGGCGUUCCAGUACCUGCCUAAACUGCACACGCUAUCCCUGAAUGGUGCCACGGAUAUCCAGGAGUUCCCAGAUCUCAAAGGCACCACCAGCCUGGAGAUCCUGACCCUGACCCGCGCAGGCAUCCGGCUGCUCCCACUGGGGAUGUGCCAACAGCUACCCAGGCUCCGAGUCCUGGAAUUGUCUCAUAAUCAAAUCGAGGAGCUGCCCAGCCUGCAUAGGUGUCAGAAGCUGGAGGAAAUUGGCCUUCAGCACAACCGCAUCUGGGAAAUUGGAGCUGACACCUUCAGCCAGCUGAGCUCCCUGAGAGCCCUGGACCUGAGCUGGAAUGCCAUCCGGUCCAUCCACCCUGAGGCCUUCGUGACGCUGCGUUCUCUAGUCAAGCUGGACCUGACAGACAACCAGCUGACCACACUGCCCCUGGCUGGCCUUGGGGGCUUGAUGCAUCUGAAGCUCAAAGGGAACCUGGCUCUGUCUCAGGCCUUCUCCAAGGACAGUUUCCCAAACCUGAGGAUCCUGGAGGUGCCCUAUGCCUACCAGUGCUGUGCCUAUGGUGUCUGUGCCAGCUUCUUCAAGGCCUCUGGGCAGUGGGAGGCUGAGGACUUUCACCUUGAUGAGGAGGAGCCUCCAAAGAGGCCCCUGGGCCUUCUUGCCGGACAUGCUGAGAACCAAUAUGAUCUGGAUCUGGACGAGCUGCAGCUGGAAAUGGAGGACACAAAGCCACACCCCAGCGUCCAGUGUAGCCCCGUUCCAGGCCCCUUCAAGCCCUGCGAGCACCUCUUUGAGAGCUGGGGCAUCCGCCUAGCUGUGUGGGCCAUCGUGCUGCUCUCCGUGCUCUGUAACGGGCUGGUGCUGCUGAGUGUGUUUGCCGGUGGCCCUGGCCCCCUGCCCCCGGUCAAGUUUGUCGUAGGCGCGAUUGCAGGUGCCAACGCCUUGACUGGCAUUUCCUGUGGCCUCCUAGCCUCAGUCGACGCCCUGACCUUUGGCCAGUUCGCCCAGUAUGGAGCCCGCUGGGAGAUGGGACUGGGCUGCCAGGCCACAGGCUUCCUGGCAGUACUCGGGUCCGAGGCCUCCGUGCUGCUGCUCACCCUGGCCGCCGUGCAGUGCAGCGUCUCCGUCUCCUGCGUCCGAGCCUACGGGAAGGCACCCUCCCUGAGCAGUGUUCGAGCAGGGGCCCUGGGCUGCCUGAUGCUGGCCGGGCUGGCCGCGGCCCUGCCCCUCGUCUCAGUGGGAGAAUAUGGGGCCUCCCCGCUUUGCCUGCCCUACGCCCCACCCGAGGGCCAGCCGGCUGCCCUGGGCUUUGCCGUGGCCUUGGUGAUGAUGAACUCCUUCUGCUUCCUGGUAGUGGCCGGUGCCUACAUCAAACUCUACUGUGACCUGCCGAGGGGCGACUUCGAGGCUGUGUGGGACUGCGCCAUGGUGAGACACGUGGCCUGGCUCAUCUUUGCAGAUGGGCUCCUCUACUGCCCUGUGGCCUUCCUCAGCUUUGCCUCCAUGCUGGGCCUCUUCCCUGUCACCCCUGAGGCCGUCAAGUCUGUCCUACUUGUGGUACUACCCCUGCCGGCCUGCCUCAACCCACUGCUCUACCUACUCUUCAACCCCCACUUCCGGGAUGACCUGUGGCGGCUCUGGCCCUGCAUGGGGACCUCAGGGCCCCUAGCCUACACUGCUGCCAGCGAGCUGGAGAAGAGCUCCUGCGAUUCUACCCAGGCCCUGGUGGCCUUCUCUGAUGUGGAUCUCAUUCUGGAAACUUCUGAGGCUGGGCGGCCCCCUGGGCUGGAGACCUAUGGCUUCCCCUCGGUAACCCUCAUCUCCUGUCAGCAGCCGGGGGACCCUAGGUUGGAGGGCAGCCAUUUUGUAGAGCCAGAAGGAACCCACUUGGGGAACCCACAACCCUCCAUGGAUGGAGAACUGCUGCUAAGGGCAGAGGGAGCCAUGUCAGCAGGCGGGGGCUUGUCAGUGGGCAGGGCCUUCCAGCCCUCUGCCUCGGCCUUCGCCUCACACUUAUAAAUGUCCCUCCUCACCCUUCUCUUCCCAUCUCUUCCCUUCCCUCUCGUCCCACUCCAUGAAUGAUGGCUGCUUGUAAAAUAAAUUCAACCAAAACUCAACAGCGUGAUCCACAGCAGGGACUGGACCAUGGCUUCCAUUGGUCUCUCUCCCGUGGCCACCACCAGUGUGUGCUUCUUGGCUUGGUUUCCCCUUGGCCUUCCUCUAGGCCUCUUCCCGGUCAUGUCUGAAGCUGUGGACCAGAGAUGGGGAAAUUUCUCUGCCUAAGGAAAAUGAAUGACUGGGGUAGAGGGCUGAGCAGGUCAAGGAUCAGGGUACAAUGGGGCAGGGGGACCUCACAGAGAAAGACCUAUUGGGGAACUGCCAAAGGGCACUUGAGCAUCUACCCUGUGACUCAUGGACUACAUACAAAAUGUGUUCUGUGUCCUGUUAAUCUUGAGCUAUGCCAUGCAAAAAGACUCUCUGUUAAAAGAAGUUUUAGAAGAUACUACACAAUUUGUCCUUUCUUGGAGAGUCACAGUACAUAUUAGUAUAGUAAAGGCUAUGAGAAUUCCUGCAGCAGUAAAAUCCGUUGAACUUUGUUUAACCCAGCUCCCCCAGAUUAUUUGACAACAGGUGUUUGUUUGGUUGUUGGUUUUGUGGGAUAUCUAUUAACAUCUCACAGAAUUUAACACUGCUAUUUCCCAGGGCCCUCAUUUCUAUACCACCUAGUGCUACUCAGUGACAUCACAAGAUGCCACAAGUCCUAGAAAACCCCGAUCCUGGGAGUUUCAUCUGGGGUAAAGUUGGUGAUUCCAUCAACCAGAGAAGAUUCUCCACACUCUCUACCUUGCCAUCCCUCUUGCCCUUGGAAAGAUGGUGAAGAGGCUGCCUUUGUGGUUCUAACCUCUACCCCCCGGAAAUGGGGCAGGGAUAAAGGGAUCCCACAUUGGCUCCCACCUCCUUCCUAAGCCCAACCACCAAUGAAACUUCUGCCCUCAGUAAAAGAGAGGGUUCCUGGAUCCUGGCAGGGUAUACACAGGGAAGUCCAUGGCUGUCUGGCUUCCUCCUGGCUCUAAGUUGCCUUCCUGUGGUUCUCCACCAUAUGAC